GAGUGAUGGCUGUCACGUGACAUGUAACGUGAUGCCGCGUGAUAUGCCGAUCGGCAAUCGCUUCGAUCGGCUACACUAGUCCUCCUCUAUGCUAGCGCCGUCUCUUAUCAACCCUGACGAUUAUCGCACUUGGAGCAGGGCCAAGUUCAGGGACAACCUUUGAGAAAGAAUCGAUUGCUUCUGCUACUUGCUCUUCCUGGUGCUAUCGAAUCGAAAGCCUUGAAAUACUAUACCUCGUUUCUCAUCUGGAAGCAGUGAAAAAACAAAAACGAAAAUGGCUCCUCUCAUUCGAGUCAUCGGCUCUCUCAACGCCGACAUGGUCUCGGUGACCCCUCGAUUCCCCGACGCGGGGGAGACCAUUACGGCCCGGUCGUUCUUCACCAGCGCGGGCGGCAAGGGUGCCAACCAAGCGGUCGCGUGUGGGCGUGUGUCACGACCGAAUCCUGCCUCGUCAAGAACGGCAUCGGAGAGCCCUGUGCAGGUGGAAAUGGUGGGAGCGGUUGGCGGGUCGGACGGACACUUUACGGCGCUGCUGAAGCCGACGCUGGAGAAAUCCGGAGUGGACACGUCCCGGGUGCGGGUGGUUGAGAAGGCAUACACGGGCGUGGCGGUGAUCAUUGUGGACGAGUCUGCGGGCGGAGAGAACCGGAUCUUAUUCUCCCCCGGCGCCAACUACGAGGGGAUGCAGCCGACGCCGGCAGUGCUGGGGAUGGGACUUGCGGCGCCCAUUCCCGACGUGAUUGUCAUGCAGGCCGAGAUCCCCGUGGAGACGGUGGUGGGCACGCUGCGGGCGAUUGGCGCGUACAAGGCGCAGAGGCGAGCGGAGGGCAAGCGCGGGAUCGAGGCUGGGCCGGACGUCAUGUUCAACCCGGCCCCCGCGCCGCCGGGAGGUUUGCCAGAGGACGUGUACGCGGCGGUGGACCAUCUGAUCAUGAACGAGACGGAGGCGGAGCUGAUGACGCCGCCGACGGCGCAGCUGGUGCAGACUGUUCCCGACGCGGCGGGGCUCGAGGUCAAGGAGCAGGUCGCCCGGUACUUCCACAAGCUCGGAGUGACCUACGUGCUGGUGACGCUGGGGUCGAAGGGGGUGUGGUACAGCGCGAGCGACGCCGAGCAGUCCCGCUUCACAAACCAGAUCCCCGCGGCGCCGGUGCGCAAGGUGCUGGAUACCACGGCGGCGGGCGACACCUUCAUGGGCACCUACGCGGUGGAGGUGGCCCGCUGGCGCGAACGCCGUCGGGCGGAGGGGCAGGCUGGGCAGGACCUGACGACGCCGCAGGACAAGGCAGAUCGGUAUGGCCGGGUGAUGGACGCGGCCAUGCACCGGGCGGCGCGGGCGUCGGCACGCUGCGUGGAGCGCCAGGGAGCCAUGGACAGCAUUCCGUGGGAAGACGAGAUUGUGGAGAUAUAGAUGGUUAUUUCUAUUGACGAUGUACAAUUGAUCCAGCAAUCCUCCCUACUGUACUACGGAGGUGUCCCUCGCCCUUAUGCUGGCUGUACUCCUAGUAAGUGGUAUAUGGAGUACUUACCACAUAGGCAUUUCACUUUUCACAGCUAAUCCUUGUAGAAA